AUUUAUUAGCUGAUUAUUAAGAAUAGGUAAUUUAUGAUAUAAGUGCCUUAAACCAUGUUAAAUCACGUGACAUUUUAACUUAUUAAAACUUUAUAUAAGAGCACAAAUCUGGAUUCAUAUGUUGCUUUAAACGUAUGAUUGUCAUUGUUGAUCUUCUCAUUAGAGAAAUAAUUGGCAUAAUAGCAGACGUAAAAUUAUAACAACCGAGUGUCACUACAUGAUACAUGUACAAUGUCUUUAUGCUAUCUGUGUAGAUAACAUACCCAACAAUGAUAACAUUUAAGCUCAAAGUCGUGUACAGUAUUUAACAUAUCAAUAUAUUCAUCUGAAAAUGGAAAAGUGGGUUGGACGUGUUGCUCUUGUAACCGGUGCCUCGGCUGGUUUCGGGGAAUCGAUUGCAAAACGUUUGGUGGAAUAUGGAAUGAAAGUAGUUGGAUGUGCCAGAAACAUUGAAAAAAUACAGAGCUUAUCAGAAAGUUUAAAAGACUCGAAGGGAUCUUUGACUGCAAUAAGAUGUGACAUAUCUAAAGAGGAAGAAAUUCUGGCCAUGUUUGAAAAGAUCAAGAAAGAUCUGGGCGGAGUAGAUGUGUGUAUUAAUAACGCUGGUCUUUCAUAUAACGCACCGUUAUUGUCUGGAACAACAGAACAGUGGAGACAUAUGCUAGAUAUAAACGUAUUAGGGCUUUGUAUUUGUACCAGAGAGGCGGUUACAUCUAUGCGAGAACGUGGUGUAGAUGACGGCCAUAUUGUUCUUAUGAGCAGUAUGGCCGGUCACGGAGUGACCCCGAAUGCUCCGCACGCACAUUUCUAUGCUGCCACUAAGUUCGCCGUAAAAGCACUAACUGAGGGUCUUCGUAAUGAAGUAUGUGCAUUGAAAAGUCAUAUACGAGUAACGGCAAUAAGCCCAGGAAUGGCUAAGACAGAAUUUUUGAGUAGAAUAUUUUCAGAUCAACCAGGAUUUGCAGACAAAGCCUACUCGGUUUAUCAGCCACUUACCGCCGAUGACGUCACCGAUAGCGUCAUUUAUGCAUUAGCAGCACCUUCUCAUGUUCAGGUUCACGACAUUUUAAUUCGACCAACGGAGUGUCCGGUAUGAGAUAUAUAAACGUGACGAAGCUGGUGUUUACAUGUAAUAAAUUAUCUACA